GUCAAUGAUGCCAUAACCAUCAUCCAUGUACAUAUAGAAUCAUCAACUUUUCCUUUUAGUUUUCCCCCACUGUUCUAACUUAUAAAAAGAGUGAAGCUGCUGACUUCUAGGAAAGCAGCAAUCGCAGUAGAACCACCAAUGGCUCCUUGCCUAUCUAUUUUCUUUCUAUUCAUCGUCACAUUUUGUGUAACACUAACAGCAGCAGCAGCAGGUCAUUGUUCAUUGCAAACAUUUUUCCCUCGACCUGCCUAUCAGUCUUUAAUCAAACAUGCCAAGACUCCAAAACCAAAGCUUCCAUUUAAGACUCGUUAUUUCCCUCAGACUUUAGACCAUUUCAGUUUCCACCCCAAGAGCUCUAAAAUAUUCUACCAAAAGUACCUAAUUAACACUCAGUACUGGCACAAAGGCGCUCCUAUCUUUGUCUACACUGGGAAUGAAGGAGAUAUUGAGUGGUUUGCUGCUAACACAGGGUUCAUGCUUGACAUUGCUCCCAAGUUCAGAGCUCUCCUUCUCUUCAUUGAGCAUAGAUUUUAUGGGGAAUCAAUGCCAUUUGGGAAAGACUCAUACCAGUCAGCAAAGACCAUGGGGUACUUAAAUUCACAGCAAGCCUUGGCUGAUUUCGCAGUUCUGAUAAGAAGCUUGAAGCAGAACCUGUCAUCUGAAGCAUCCCCAGUGGUGGUCUUCGGUGGAUCUUAUGGAGGAAUGUUGGCGGCUUGGUUUAGACUAAAAUACCCUCAUAUAGCAAUUGGUGCAUUGGCUUCUUCAGCCCCUAUAUUACAGUUCGAUAAGAUAAUCCCAUGGUCAAGCUUCUAUGAUGCUGUCUCCCUGGAUUUCAAGGAUGUAAGCCAGAAUUGCUAUGAAGUGAUAAAGGGGAGCUGGGCAGAACUGGUGGCAAUUUCAAAUCAGAAACAUGCCUUGGCUGAACUAAGCAAAGCUUUCAGGACCUGCAAGAGCCUUCAUUCAACAGCUUCUGUUCUAGAGUGGCUAUGGACUGCUUUUGUUUAUACAGCCAUGGUUAACUAUCCAACUGAGGCAAAUUUCCUAAAGCCAUUACCUGCUUAUCCUGUGCAGCAGAUGUGCAAGAUAAUUGAUAAAUCUCCAUCGGGGGCAACGAGGCUUACUCGUGCUUUUGCAGCAGCGAGCUUAUAUUACAACUAUUCUCAGACGGAAAAUUGCUUCGAGGUAGAACAUGAAGUUGAUCCUCAUGGUCUUCAUGGUUGGCACUGGCAGACAUGCACGGAGAUGGUUAUGCCAAUGACUUGUUCUAAUGAGAGCAUGUUUCCUCCAUCUGGCUUUGAUUAUAAAAAGUUUGCAGAACAAUGCCGAAUGAAAUACGGGGUUUUGCCUCGGCCACACUGGAUCACAACAGAAUUCGGUGGCGAAAGAAUCGAGAAAGUAUUGAAGAGAUUCGGUAGCAACAUCAUAUUUUCCAAUGGAAUGCAGGAUCCAUGGAGCAGAGGAGGGGUGCUGAGAAAUAUAUCCGCCACAAUCAUUGCUCUUGUCACAGAAAAAGGAGCUCACCAUAUUGAUUUCCGAGCCACCACAAAAGACGAUCCGGACUGGCUUAUCCAACAGAGGCGGCAGGAAGUUGAAAACAUCCAAAGAUGGUUAGAUGAGUACUAUGUGGAUCUCAGACAUGCUUAAAUUAAGGACUGACAGAAGCUGUGUUGGCAAAACUAGAUUAUUUGGAUUGAAUGAAUGUUUUUGAAACUCAAAUUUGCAGAAAUCCUCUCAUCUAAUUGUUUAGGCUGAUAUAGGAAUCUACCAUUUUCAUUACUUGUAUGACAAACUAUGUCCACUGUCUUAAAAUACUAUUACAUUUUAUAA